AUGAAAAUCACAUUCAUCUUCGCUCUCUUCGCUGUAUUGCUAGUCACAUUUGACUUUGCUGAGGCUUUGCCUUUCUUCCGACCACCAUCUCGACGUGGUCCUCCUUCAUUCCGUGGACCUCCACCUCGUCGAGGACCUCCACCACGUCGUUUUCCAUCUCCAUCACGUUCCCGUUAUCCACCACCACGUCGAGGAGGACCAUCAUUCGGAAGACGCUACGGAUAA